CUUCUUCUUUCAUGAAACAUUUUCAUACGUAUCGUGUUGCUCGGUUAUGUGUCUUACGAAGAAACGUUUUUACUGAAGCUAAUCUUCGUAGCUCGUCUAUUUUACGUAGAAUUAGUGAUAUUUUUUAUUUUCUCGUCGAUCGUUUAUGAUUUCUUUCAGUGUAUAAACACUUGGUGAACGACGCUCGUCUUGCUCGCGUCCACUGAAAAAUGAGGCUCUGCGCUGUGACUGCCCUCAUACUCGCAAUAUGCUGCAGUUUUUCUUACUCGAGAGAAAUCACACACGAAGACAUAAAAGACGCAAUGCUCAGUCUCGUUCACAUGAUGCGAGAGAACACGGAGAAACUCGAAAGACACGAAGUCCGCGAACGUCAGCUCGGCGAACAAAUGAAAAAAGCUAUUGGUUUACUGUCCAAGAGAAUAUCAUCGGUCGACGCGUUGAAGUCUCAUCUUAAUAAACUCGAUGAAAAAAUCGAUGGGAUCGAACAGUCGAUAUUGCAGAGAGACGAACGGGAGAGGAUACAAAUACAAAAGACUACUGAUACGUUGGAAAACUUGGAAAAUCGUUUAGACGGUUGGUUGAGUGGUAUCAAGGCACAAUUAUCCGAAGUUCAUAGUCGUCCAGUGCCCAUGAUGCAACCGCCCUCUCAAAACGACAAAACUUCCGAUAUGAUAAUCGCCAAAUUGAAUAAAACUGAAACUUCGAUAAGCGGGCAAGUAGCGAGAUUGGAAUUCGAUCUGGACUCUAUUUCCGUCAAGCUGAAGGACGAUUCAGCAUCGCAGAGAGACAAAAUUCAAGUCGUCUCCGACGAAAUAAACAAAAUCGGAGCACGACUCGGUGACAUCGAGGAUUCCUUGAGAGUUUUCAACGAGGCUAAUAAACGAUCGAGGGAAAUACCUGAAAAAGUAAUUCCAGAUCCGAGGCCCGCGAUCGAAGAGCAGAAUCGAAUGUUGAAGAAUCUCAAAGAACUGCUGGAAGACACUACCGACCGUAUUCAUCAAAUACCCAUUGCCAACGAGCUGAAGAGUUUGCACAACGAGUCACAGUCUGCUCUGCAGGAAGCAAAACACUUUAUAGAAGACAUCGUAACUCGUGGAAUCGUUAGUAUCGAAGACAAAGUCAUGCAGUCCAAAGACGAGACGAAAGACACCGUCAGUGAAUUGCGUUUGGAUUUGUCGAAUAACGCUGAGCGAGUAAAUCAAGAGCUGCACGGUCUUGAGAAGGGCCAAUCGGUCAUGGUUUCAAUGGCCGAUCACGUUCUCGAUACGAAAAAACGCGUCGAGUAUGGAGUUCACCAAAUUCUACUCGAAGUUGGUGACCUCGUGAAAGCACAAGGAAACAACAUAAACGAAACAUUGAACCUACGAUUCGAUGGGAUAUCGAACGAUAUUAUGGACAAUCAAAACGGUGCAGUGGCGAAUCUGACUACGAAGAUGGAGCAAGAAAUGAACCAGGUAUGGCGACAAAUAAAUGUGAUGUACCAGCAAAUGACAGAAAGUGCUAAAGCUCUCGAUAAACUCCACAAACAAAACGAGGCUUAUGUGAAUGGUACAACGUCGACAAUGGGUGGAAUGGAGAGCAAGGUGGGAGAAAUAACGAAACGUAUGUCCGAAGUCGACGAAAACUUGAAUUUCCUUUUGGGAAGAUUAUCGCUGGUUACCCAGGAGUUCAAUCAAAUAAAGAGCGGACUCGGAGCAGCGCUUGACAACAUAAGAGAGUCCUUCAAAGAGGUCCAAGAGAAGGCGAACGGUUUUAGUAAUCCGGGGCCGCAUCCGGUGCCGGAAAAUUACAGAGAACUUGAAGCAGCUCAACCUAAGUCAAAGCCUAACAUGGAGGGCAAAACCGCCCCUGAAUUAAUGAAGGACAUUAAGUCGUAUUAAAAGAAAGUAUUUCUUCUUUCUUCAUCAAUUUUACACUAGAAUAGUAAUCAAGAAGUCGGCGGAGUAGCUCGAGAGAAUUAUACGAACCACAUUGUUACUGCAAAAUAUUCGGACGUGAGUGAAAGGCAGAAACUCCAAUAAAAAUUACGAUUUUUCGAAACAACGAACGAGAACAAUAGUCAAGACUGCUGACGAUAAUUGCACUGAAAUUAAUUUUCUAAUUAAAUGAAUUCUUUUUUUUUCAUUAAUUCAGAGAGUUUAGGCUUAGAGAAUGAAAAACUAUAUUUCUCUUCAAAGUUGUUAGAGAAUUGCGUCGCAUUGAAAUCGUAACGUACGAAACGAUACAAAAUAAUUUGACAGAUGAUCAUUGAAUUUUUCUCACUUACCAAAAAUGCAUCUUCGCCACGAUCGUAGGUAGAGUGGAAAAAAAAUUCCGAAUGAACUGAUACAGAGUUUCGUGCCACAAACAAUGUUUGAUGUAAAAAUUUCCUGUUUCCUCUGACCAUUAUAUUUGCUUGGGAAUGUUGUUCAAUUUUUGUUUUGUUUGGAGUACGUUUAGAAGCAAUUGAUUUACUUGCUAAGCCUUGGUACAUCGUUGAGUCGUUUGGUUCCAUGUAAAAACUGAAAUUUUUGACGACGAAUUAACAUGGAUUUUAGAAAAUGUUUAAAGUUGAUAUGGAUGUCAGAAAUUAUGUAUUUUUUCAAAGUUUAUGCGAUUGGGAACCCUGUGGGUCAUACAGACCCAUGGAGGAACGACCAAGGCUUGAGGAAAGUGAAUUGAUGAAUGGAUAGGAAACGAUUAUCAAUAAAAUAUUGACUGAACUGGAUUAUCAUUUGAUAUUCGUAUUCGAUCAUAUACGAUUCCCUAUAUGAUCAAAAUAAUUGUGAAAUUCGUGGAUGGAAAAACCAUAAAAACAGUGGAAUUUGUGAUUUUGAAGUUUCAAAGCGUUGUUCUCAUUGAAUUCGUUAGACAUGAACAGUCUCAAAGAUCAUAGAACAAAGACGUGGAGAAAAAAAAGCAUGAAAAAUCGUACUCCUCAAUUAUGAAUAAAUGUUUAGAGAAAAUAAAACAGAAAAGAUGAAUCACGAGAACGAAUAAAUCAACAUAAUUUACUCGAUUAGCAUAAUCUCAUCGCGAACGUCCACAACUUUUUUUUAAGUAUUUACGUUGCUGUUAUUACUGAAGAAUGUGGACGAAAAUUUAUCAAAUUAUUAACAUAAGCGAGCGUAUUAUAUUUAAAAAAUGAAAAUAAACUUUUUAUGAAUUGUCAUAGUUUCGAAAAUGUUAUUAUCAACAUCGCAAUAAAAAUUUAAAAAAUUUU